GUGACGAUCAAGAUGCUGAUGGUUAUGAAACGGAAUUUCAAGCAUGGGAACCAGAAUUUUGGAAGGCUUUAGGAGUUGAGCUUCUUGGUACUGCCGUUGUAGAGAAAAAGAAGACUGAUGAUGAUAUGAAAGUUGAAUCAAAUUAUUUAAGGGGAACAAUCAGUGAAGGCUUGGAAGAUACCUCUACCGGGGCAUUGUGUGAAAGAGAUACAAAGUUGACAAAAUUCCAUGGAAUUUAUCAACAAGAUGAUAGAGAUUUACGAGACGAACGAAAAGCACAAGGAUUGGAAAAAGCAUACUCAUUUAUGGUACGUGUCCGUGUUCCAGGUGGAAUUUCUACGCCCAAGCAGUGGUUACAAAUGGAUGAAAUUGCCGAGACACUUGCAAAUGGUGGAUUAAAACUAACGACUCGACAAGCAUUUCAAUUGCACGGUGUUAUUAAACGCAACUUAAAAUCUACUAUUCGUGGUAUUAACAAGUGUUUGUUGGACACAUUAGCAGCAUGUGGUGAUGUUAAUCGUAAUGUCAUGUGCAGUUCUAAUCCUUCCCUUUCUGAAGUUCAUGAACAAGUGCAUGAAUUCUCCAAGAAAUUAAGCGCUCACUUGUCCCCUAGAACAACAGCAUAUCAUGAAAUUUGGUUGGAGGACAAAGUUGUUGCUGGAAAAGCUGUACAAGAUUUUGAACCAUUGUAUGGUUCGACAUAUCUUCCACGUAAAUUUAAGGUUGCAAUCGCAGUACCUCCUAAUAAUGACGUGGAUGUGUUUGCACAUGACUUGGGGUAUAUAGCAAUUGCAGACAAAACUAAUAAAAAAUUGUUAGGUUACAACGUUACUGUUGGUGGUGGUAUGGGGAUGACUCAUAAUAACAAGAAAACUUAUCCACGCCUUGGAGAACUUAUUGGUUUCUGUACUCCUGAACAGGCCAUCGAUGUUGGUGAAAAAGUUAUGUUAGUUCAAAGAGAUUUUGGGGACCGAAUCAAUAGAAAACAUGCACGUCUCAAAUACACUAUCGAUGAUAGAAGCUUGGAUUGGUUCCGUUCUGAAGUUGAAACCAGGCUAGGAUAUAAGCUUGAACCACCACGUGAAUAUACCUUUGAAAACAAUGCAGAUCGAUAUGGUUGGACAAAAGGUUUUGAUAGUAUGUGGCAUUUUGGUAUUUACAUUGAAAAUGGUGUUGUUAAAGAUUUACCCGGAUCUCCCAUUAAAACUGGUUUGCGUGAAAUCGCAAAAGCACAUAAAGGUGAUUUCCGAUUAACACCUAAUCAACAUCUUGUUAUUGGUAACAUCACCGAAGAGAACAAAGCACAGAUUGAAGGGCUAUUGAAAAAAUAUAAGUUAGAUAACCUGCAGCAUACUGGGCUUCGACUAAAUUCCAUGUCAUGUGUAGCAUUGCCGACAUGUGGUUUAGCAAUGGCAGAAUCUGAAAGAUAUCUUCCUUUACUUGUGGAGAAAUUAGAAACCAUUACUACUGAAGUGGGUUUAAAAAAGGAUGCAAUCACGGUUAGAAUGACAGGAUGUCCUAAUGGUUGCGCACGUCCUUAUGUAGCAGAGAUUGCCUUUGUAGGAAAAGCAUUAGGAACAUAUAAUUUAUAUUUAGGAGGCGGUUUUUAUGGUCAAAGAUUGAAUAAGUUAUAUAAAGAAAAUUUGAAAGAGGAUGAUAUCUUGAGAGAGUUGAGACCGAUUUUAGAACGUUAUGCAAAAGAAAAAAUAAAUGGCGAAAAAUUUGGUGAUUUUGUUAUUAGAGCUGUUGUUUUUUUAUUAAUUAAUAAUCUUUAUAUUAUGUAA